AUGACAUUGGAGGUUAUCUUCGUGACACGCCACGGUUUCCGCUCCAACUGGCUGGUCGACCAUACCAACGGUAGUUACUCGUCCACUCUCAGGUCCCCUACGGGUAUAGCCGCAGACCCAGCCCUCACAGCCCACGGCGUAGAUCAAGCCAAGGAGCUGGGCCAGCGUUUGGUUGCAGUAGACCCGCCCAUAGAGCGUGUUUACUCUAGUCUGUACUAUCGUUGUUUACAGACGGUAGAGCCAUUCGUCCGAGCAGUAUCGACCUCUCCAUCAUCUUUGCCAGAAGAAGCCAAAGAGGGCACUCGCCACUGCCAGCGACAGCUGCGUGUUCGAGGAGAAACAGGACUAGGCGAGUGGUACGGUUCGGCGCCCUUCGAACACCCUGUACCUGCGAGCCUUGCCACGCUCGAGUCUCAUUUCCCUUGCCUGCUGGACCGUGAUUAUCAGCUGGCAGUAGUACCGACACGGAUGGGCGAAAGUGUCGAUGAACUGCAUGACCGCCUGGCUGUUACCUUGGAGCGGCUAAUUGCCGAGUGUGAUAGGGAUGGCGUUCGUGCCGUUCUUCUCUGCUCGCACGCUGCGCCCAUCAUCGCUCUUGGUCGUGUUCUGACUGGCAAUAUGCCGGAGAACAUCGAGGUCGAAGACUUUCGAGCCUUUACCUGCGGCCUAAGUGUGUUUCGGCGACGAAAGGGGGCUUCGUCAAGAGCCAACGGGUCUCGCACAGCCACCAACACGGCCAGUAUGACUGCGGGCGCAUCUCGGACCCAGACGGGUCUUCAUGCUCCCGUAGUCUGGAGGGGUGGCCGAGGCGUAAAGGGUGGUUGGGACUGUGAACUGAACAGUGACUGUUCCCAUCUUUCUCAGGGAGAGGAACGAGGAUGGCGCUUCGCGGGCGAUGAGUCCUUUAAGGAUGUCCCUAACAAGAGCAUACUGGAUGCUGGAAUAUCACUGGGCGUCGUGGUGGAGGGCAACAAUGAGAGUGGCAAGUCUCACGGGAAAUCUUCCACUGGAGGCUCUCGUCUCUGACCAGAGAAGAUAAGGGGGCGAGACUCGCUCUCCCUUACUUUCACUACUGCAUGUCAGUG